CAUAAAAGUACGAAUGUAUGUGUUUGGGGGUUGGACGUGAUCCAAAUUUCGACUCGAAUCUUUUCCAACCGGCAAGUAGGGCUGUACAAGGGCUCGUACCAGGUAAAGCAGUUGAUCCAUCCAAUCCCUAGCGCGGACGCACAACAACACAACACAGCACAACACAACACCGCAUCGCACCUUGCUACCGCCAGAAGUACCGUAAGGUACUGUACGGUACUGUAUCUGCAGUCCAGGACAUUCGUUGUGAAUCGCAUUGCAUCACACCGCAUCGCAUCACAUCGCGUUUCACACCCACGGUCCCGAGAUGCUUCCGCGGCGCAGCAUUCGCAUGCGCAUUGGCAAUAGCAAUAGCAAUAGCAUUCGCAUUCGCAUUCGCAUUAGCGGGACAAGACCAACCACGUGCGGGGCAACAGUUGCAAGCGCCAGUGCCAGUGCCAGUGCAAGUGCAAGUGCAAGAUCCCUUUCUCUUGCAAAGCGGAAGCAGGCCGCCGCCGCCUUUUCUUGGAUGCAAAAGAACUACUUCCGAGAAUAUCAACCGGUGGGGUUCCGAUGGUUCUCUGGAACCACCAGCAGGAACAGAAGCAGAAACAGCAGCGACGGUGAAUGGCUUGCGCCACCUGGUGUGGACGCCGGUUCGGGUUGGUUUGGGAGAAGGCGGAGACCGCACGGCCUUAUCCCCGGCUCGGAUUCGGAUUCGUAUUCGGAUUCUUGCCCCGCGGACCCGGGGGACGGGCCUGCCUCCCGGAGGCACGCCGAAGACGUCCUCCGAACCUCCCUGCGGGAACUGCGGGUCCUCCGGGCACGCAUCGAGCGAAACAGCGACAGAAAUAGCAACGGAAACGGAAACGACAACAGAAACGGCAACAGAAACGACAACGACAACGAAAACCACCACAGCGAGAAAGCGGUGGCCUGCAUCGUUCGCGACGGCUUCCGGCUGCUGGACGGCCUGUCGAGAUCCCUCCCGCGGGCGGAGGAAUACUCGUCGUCCUGGCUCUUUGGUGAUCCCGAGGAGGGGCCUUGCGGUGGUCCUUCGUCCGGGGUUUCCGGUGCAAGUUCUUGUGCCGAUGCUGCCGGAAGCGUGCUGGACACCGCCCUCCUCAACGAGCUGCUCAAGGAAUGGGCGAUGGCAUGGAAGGCGGGGCAGGGCGCAAGAACUAGAACCGGAACCAGACCAAGACCAAGAGAAGAACCCAUCGGCAGUGGGGUGAAACAAAAACAUCUCCUGCUGCCGAACCCGACCGCGGUGGCGGAGAAGGUGGACGACUACAGAUCCACGUCGCUGGUCCAACCGGAUCCGACCUCCUUCAACCUGUUGCUGAAUGCAAUGGUCCACACCACGGCGGCCACCCGCGCCGAAGGAAACAACAAGAGCCACCGGCGGCUCGGGCGAUCGACGAACGGCGUCAACCUGGCCGACGACUACCUCCGCCGGUUGAUCGAUGCACAGGAGAAAACAACAGGAACGUCAACAGGGCCAUCAACAACAACAACAACAACAACAACAACAACAACACAGCCUCCGCCCGGAAGGUUUGUCGACGUCGUCUCCGUUACCACCGUGAUGAAGGGAUGGGUGGAUCUCGACCGGCCCCUGGAGGCGGCCGAGUGGCUGGAGCGGAUGGAGGGGGGCAGGGUUCCGAGCGUCCGUCCGAACGCGGUAGCCUAUGCCAUCGCGGCGAAAGGGUGGGCGGGGGCCGGGAAACCCCUCCUGGCGGAAUCCGUCCUGGAAUCGGCACUGCUGGCCUGCACCAGGGACCGCCGUUUGGACCCACAACCAAAAGGAUGCCACGCCGGGGUAGAUCCGGCCAUCGAUCGGGUGGUCUUCCACGCCGUCCUCGAUGCCUGGGCGGCGAGUGCUUCCGGGAGGGGGGACCCUGCCCGCAACCACAACGGUCCCGAAGGCCCCCAUCCCUCGGUCCGAGCACUGGCGCUGGUCCAAAAGAUGAAGGACCUGGCGGACACCCACCCCCACCGCCUGGGACACCUCUAUCCCAGCGAGGAAACCAUCGGCAAGCUGAUCGCCGCCCUCGCGCCGCACCAGGCAGGAAAGCGGGAUGGCGACGCUUUUUCUUGGUCCGGCCCGUUUGCCGCCGAAGCCAUGCUGGUGGACCUCGAGAACGACACCACCUGGGGCAGAACCCCGGCCGUUCUCUCCAAUCGGAUCCUGCGGGCCUACUGUUCCAGCGGGAGGCACAUGGAGGAGGCCGAGGCCUUUUACCAUCGCCGCUGCCGGAAGCAUCUCGGUGGCGGUUCCGACGACGACAAAGACGAACACGAAGACGAAGGCUUUCCAAACGAGGCGACCUUCCACACGAUGCUGGCCGGGUGGGCCAGAGCCGCCGAGGUGGCAAAGAAACGGAACAAGCACCAGAAGAAGAAGAAGAAAGGAUCCGGACCGCACCGCACCGUUGGUGGUGGGGGCAGACCCGCCACCACAGAGGCUUUGGCCGCUGCCGCGGACAUUCCCCUCCGGGCCGAAUCCUGGCUGGAAGAGAUGCGAAGGAAGGGUUUCGAUCCGCCGUCGGCGAGGGCCUGCAGCAGUGUCCUGCAGGCGUGGAGCCUGUCGACUCGUUUCUACAACGACGCGGCCGAUCGCGCCGAGGACCUCCUCAAGCGCUUGGUCUGGAACGGGACGCAAAAAACCACCGACACCAAAGCCACCGGAGGGAGCAGCCACGGAAUCACCGUUUGCACAAACAUUGUGCUGCGGGCAUGGUCCAACCAGGCGUCCGGGGCAUCCCCCGGAACCCCCCUGGGUGGCCUGGCCACCGGGCGCUGCCUCCGCCUCUUUCGCGAGUACCUGGCCCUGGCCGAGGAAUCCCCGCCGUUUAUGGUCCUCCGACCCACGGCCGAAACCUUCCGGGCGGUGCUGCACGCGGUGGUAUCGCCCUCGAACGGAAUGGCCCCCCCACAGAAACACGACCAUUCCAGGGCCGUCCUGGCCCUCAUGGAGGACGUCUACAAGAUUCGACCGGGAAAGGACGAUCUGAGAAAGCUCCGGCGAAUGGAGUCGAUGAAAGACAGCUACCUCCGGCGAACACGCCGGUAAUCCGUACGGGGACAACGGAUGGAACCGUGCACGCGGUCACGGUUUGGUUGUCACACAACGCAGUGCUCUGCCGCUACCAUUUGCUUACAACGUA